AUGGCAGGACAAGCAUUUAGAAAGUUUCUUCCACUCAGGCUGGGUGCAGUGUUUGAAAGGAGUGCUGCUGAAACUAUAACCAAAAGAGGCAUUAUGCUUCCAGAAAAAUCUCAAGGAAAAGUAUUUCAAGCAACAGUAGUUGCUGUUGGAUCAGGUUCUAAAGGAAAGGGUGGAGAGAUUCAACCAGUUAGCAUGAAAGUCGGAGAUAAAGUUCUUCUCCCAGAAUAUGGAGGCACCAAAGUAGUUCUAGAUGACAAGGAUUAUUUCCUAUUUAAAGACAAUGACAUUCUUAGAAAGUAUGUAGAGUGA